AGAAAUGAAAACCGAACAGAAAAAAGAAAAAACUAAUGAAAGGAAACAGGGAAACCCAAACCAAUUAUCAUUAAUUACGCUCCUAAUUGACUAAAUUCCUCCUCUCACAUUACGGUAAAAGCCAAAACCCAUCGUUCCGGUCCCAGCCUCUCCCUCUCUCCAUCUGCAACUACCAACCAUGUCGAUUUUCUGAUGAAUGAAAAUAACUGAUAAUUCAAUUCAAGAUAGAUAAGGGUGAUGAUGGGGAGGGAGGGCGCAGGGAACGACAUUGUGGAGAUUAAGGUACAUCCAAGGCGGGAAAACAAUGGAGGCUCACCACCACCGUACCAGAACAAAUCUGUUUUCAAGAAAUGGGUGCCAUGGCUUGUCCCCUUAUUUGUGGUUUCUAACAUUGCUGUCUUUAUUGCUGUCAUGUAUGUCAAUGAUUGCCCCACCAAUUCUGGCUCUUGUGCUGCUCCUUCUUUGGGCAGAUUCUCCUUUCAGCCUCUCAAAGAAAAUCCCCUUCUUGGCCCCUCCUCUUCAACUUUGGUGAAGAUGGGAGCUCUUGACGUGGCUAGAGUGGUGAAUAAGCACCAGAGUUGGCGUCUCAUUUCUUGCAUAUGGCUACAUGCUGGAGUAUUCCAUGUGGUUGCCAACAUGUUGAGUCUCCUCCUAAUUGGAAUUCGUCUUGAGCAAGAAUUUGGGUUCUUUCGAAUUGGGUUGGUCUAUGUCAUUUCUGGCUUUGGUGGGAGUUUGUUGUCGGCUUUGUUUAUUCAGACAGGUAUAUCUGUUGGUGCCUCCGGUGCGCUGUUUGGUUUACUAGGAGGCAUGCUUUCAGAGCUGAUUACGAACUGGACCAUAUACGCAAAUAAGUCAGCAGCACUGGCAACUCUCCUUUGCAUCAUUGCAAUAAAUCUAGCGGUUGGACUCCUCCCACAUGUGGACAACUAUGCUCAUAUUGGAGGAUUUCUCUCUGGCUUUUUUCUGGGCUUUGUGUUCUUAAUUCGCCCCCAGUUUAAGUGGAUCAACCAAAAAGCAUGUCCUCCAGGAUACAUUGCACCCCCAGCUAAAUCUAAACACAAGGCGUACCAGUAUGUACUGUGGGUUGUAUCUCUGAUAGUAAUCAUCAUUGGAUUCACUCUUGGGAUGGUUGCACUCCUUCGAGGAGUUAAUGUGAAUGAUCAUUGUUCAUGGUGUCAUUACCUGAGCUGCGUUCCUACUUCAUUAUGGAGCUGCAAUUCUCGGCAAGUUUAUUGUCAGUCGUCUCAACUUGGAAAUCAACUGAACUUGACGUGCUUGAGCAAUGGGAAAAGCAACCUGUAUUAUUUGUCUGCUGACGACCUGUCCAAGGUUCAGCAGUUGUGCGCUCAGCUUUGCAGUUGAUGUGCACCCUGUACACGAUAGAUUGAUCGAACUACAUAGUUUUACAAACUGGUGAAUUUAUAUGAUUCAUUUAUCCAAAUGUAAAAAACACUCAUCGAUGACCGCCGCAUGAUGAUAUAAUUUCAUGGAUUUCUGUAUACUCUGCAUGGUUCAAACUUCAUACUCUCUCUUUAUGAUUCUUGGGAUACUGGCAAGAAUAGCAGAUCAAUUUUAUACGAACUAAUGAACAGUGUAAACAAAGUAUUUCUGUUCCACCAUGGCAUCCAUACUUUUUACAUUUGUGAUGAUUGGUUUUUCACGUUGUUUUAAACAACAAUGCUUGAAACAGAGUUCGUGAAACUCCAUUAAAAAUACAGUAGUGAUCUGGCUAGCCUCAUCCAACAAUUAUGAAUCAAGUGAUUAAAAAGGCCUCAUGAGGCCCAGUUAGAGUCAUUAGCCUAAACUACUAGGGCCCUGAUAAAGAAGAAGGGGCCCAACAUACAAGAACCCCCAGUCCAGAACAACUGAAAGCGAAGCAUCCCCUGCAGCUGAGCUGCAAACAAUGUCUCUCUCUCUCCCCCUCCCUCUCUCUGCAUCUCUGCUCGUCGAGUUGAGUUGAUUUUGAGGUUUUGCAGAAGAAACCUGCGGGUAUGCUGGGAAGCAGGUGGUUGGGUAAUUGAUAGCUUUUAGGUUGCCAUCAGAUGUUGUGAUUGUUGAUAUUCUAUUCAGUAGCAGUCUCGACAUGUGGAGAUUCAUCAGUUUUUUUAUUUAAUUUAAGCGAUUUUAUUGUGUCAUGCUUUAAUAAAUUUCUUCUUCUUGGAAACUGCCGUGAGCGAAACUACUCUCAAGAACCGAGUCACAGAGAAGAGCCUGUCAACUCGAGGCCCCCAGCGAUCAAACACUUACAUGUGGGUUAAGAAAAACAAGUUGUAGAAUUUGAAACUAGAGAGCAUUGUUAGAAGAUAUAAUGGGCCAUAAAAAGCUCUGGGGUCCCAGAAUCCAUGUCAUUUCUUGACACUGCAACUAUGCCCAUGAUUCUCACUGUUGUUGGAACUGCACCUUUUGCAAAGCUACUCAUGAUGUAUGACGAUUCACACUCGCAAGAAAUGAUGGAAGCACAAAAUUAAGAAUUCCCCAGUUGGUCAAGGCACAGUUAGGAUGCUUACUUUCGAGGAAUGGGAGGAGUUCAGAGAAGUGAGGUCUAGGACUCCUUUUGAAUCCAAGCUUGCUUGUUCUAAUGCACGCAUAAGAACAGAAGAACCGGUGCGCAUGGUGAAGCUUCUUGUUCUUUUCAUUACUACUUCAUUAUGUAGUUUGGCUGAUAAACACAUAUCCAUCAUGGGAAUGAUUGUAAAGUAGCAAGUGCAUUUGCUCACAUUUAACUCCUUAAUAAGGGAAUCUAUAACACAUGGUUAUCACAUGGUUGUUAUUUGUCA